GCGACUUAAGCUCUCUCAGCGCCAGAGGGAAGAGGGCGCCCGCAGCGCCCAGCGCCUGGGAGAACCGCGCCGCUGCCAGGGAAGCGCCCACCUGCCGGCCCCGCGACCCGCCGGCGCACAAAGUGGGGCUCGCGGCUGUCCCGCUCCCGCGCCGUCCGGGCUCCGGGCGCUCUCGCCCCACCUCGUUUGGCAUUCCAACCUUGCUCGGCCCGGCCCCUCGCGCCUCCGGGGUGUCCCCCCGCGACGCGACGCGACGCGAGGAGUGGACGCGCGGCCGGGACCUCGCUAUGGCCGGGGCGCGCAGGCUGCUGUGUCUGUGGCUGGGCUGCUUCUGCGUGAGCCUGGCGCGGGGAGACAGGCUGAGGCAGCAUCUGCCCGAGCUCAGCAAGACCCUGCCCAGCGACCGCUCAGCAGGUGGGGGCCCGGGCCCCGCGCUGCGGCCGCACGACAAGGUGUCGGAGCACAUGCUGCGGCUCUAUGACAGGUACAGCGGCGGCAGGACCCGGGCGGCGCGGACACCCGGGUCCCCGGAGCGGAGCGCGCAGCCCCUGCGCCCCCGGGCCCUGCGCGAAGGCAACACGGUCCGCAGCUUUCGAGCCGGAGCAGCAGGAAACCUUGAAAGCAAGGGACUGCAUAUUUUUAACCUGACUUCUCUAACCAAGUCUGAAAACAUUUUAUCUGCCGCACUAUAUUUCUAUAUUGGAGAGCUGAUUAACAUCAGCCUGAGUUGUCCAGGAUCAAGAGGAUGCUCACAUCACGCUCAGAGGAAACAUAUUCAGAUCGAUAUCACUGCAUGGAUCCUCAAAUCCAACAGAGACCAAAGCCAACUCCUGGGUCAUCUUUCAGCAGAUGUGGGCGGACCUCAUCGAGACCUUGUGUCUUGGCUGUCUAAAGACAUCACUCAACUCUUGAGGAAGGCUAAGGAAAGUGAGGAGUUCCUCUUAGGAUUUAACAUAACCUCCAAAGGUCACCAGCCGCCAAAGGAGAUGGUAUCCUUUCCUGACCCUUAUAUCUUGGUGUAUGCCAACGAUGCUGCCAUUUCUGAGCCAGAGAGUGUGGUAUCAAGCUUACAAGGUCAUCGAAAUUUUCCCACCGGAGCUGUGCCCAAAUUGGAUAGCCAUAUUAGGGCUGCCCUUUCUAUGAAACGGAGGAAGAAGCGUUCUACUGGGGUCCUGCUCCCUCUGCAGAACAAUGAGCUUCCUGGGGCAGAAUAUCAGUAUAAGGAGGAUGGGGUUUGGGAGGAGAGAAAGCCAUAUAAGACCCUUCAGACUCAGCCCCCUGAGAAGAGUAAGAACAAGAAGAAACAGAGAAAGGGACCUCACCAGAAGAGCCAGACGCUCCAGUUUGAUGAACAGACGCUGAAGAAGGCAAGAAGAAAGCAAUGGAUUGAACCUCGGAAUUGUGCCAGGCGAUACCUUAAGGUGGACUUUGCGGAUAUUGGCUGGAGUGAAUGGAUUAUCUCCCCCAAGUCCUUUGAUGCCUAUUAUUGCUCGGGAGCAUGCCAAUUCCCCAUGCCAAAGUCUUUGAAGCCUUCAAACCAUGCUACCAUCCAGAGCAUAGUGAGAGCUGUGGGGGUCGUUCCUGGAAUACCUGAGCCUUGCUGUGUGCCAGAAAAGAUGUCCUCGCUCAGUAUCUUAUUCUUUGAUGAAAAUAAGAAUGUGGUACUUAAAGUAUAUCCUAACAUGACAGUAGAGUCUUGUGCUUGCAGAUAACCUGGCAAAGAACUCAUUUGAAUGCUUAAAUUCAAUCAGUUUAUUUUUAUGGACUUUUUUUUUUUUUUGCACUGCCAACUCAUUUAAUUCUACAAGAUUUAUUAAUAGUCAAAGGAGAAUGAGCAAAUAGACUGACAAUUUCCACCAAGGAGAACUGGACUGUAUUUGUUUCUGAGAGUAACUAAAAGCAAAAAUUUAGUAAAUAUGGACAUCUAUUUCUUAUUUUUUAAUCACAUGAGAAAAUUGAUAUUUCAAACUGUUUUUAGAAAUGUUAGAGAGCAUGGUGAUUUAUUUUUGUAACGGGCUUUGAGACUAGAUUGGAAAAACAAUGAUAGCUUAUCAUGUAUCUCUACUCACAGAGAAUAAAAUAAUUUCGUAUUUUGAAGUAGGCUUAUCGCCUUACAUUCCCGAGCAACUCAGUAAGUGCUAAAUAAUCCAACCAGCUUUGAUGUUUAUUGUAAGGAUUUCUGAGAUUCUUGUUUACCUGUGCUUUUCUGCACAUGGCACCAUGUGACGAGUUGUGUGUGUGCUGAGUGUUCGUGUAUAUGUAUGUGUGUGUGCACACUGCCAGGUGCCUAUGCCCUCUAUGGGAAGGUUCGCCUAACAUGGUUUUAUAAUUCAGUCUAUACAGGAUUCUUUGUGUGUUUUUUUAAAAUGUUCUGGCAAGCACCAUUCAAUUAUGAGAACUUUACCAAAAAAGGAUAGAGUGAUCCAAGAGCAUAUGCAGAGAGUUACCACUUGGCCCAGCCAUUUAAUUGGAAAUACAGUUGUUUUCAUUUCAUUGCCUCCCAGAAAAGGAAAGCAGCAACCCAAUUUUCCAAAACCCAGAUGUAAUUCCUCUUCUAUACCCCUUUUUCACAAGUGCUUUCAUUUGUUCUUUUAAAUUGAAUUCAAAAAUCCUUCCUGAAGUCAUUAAAUUUUUUAGUUCUCUUGCUAUGCUUUUACUUCCUAUAAAGUAAUCAAUAGAUACUGAGGCUCAAAAACUUAUGGGAUAUUGGAGAUUUCUUUAAGUGAACAACUUAAUUGCAAUCACACAUUCAUUAUCAUUCUUUGGCCCCAUUCAGGUCCAGGCACUUUUUCACAUGGGCCAGGGCUUUUGACUCAGAAGUGGAAGUUAUUCUUUAGCAAAAGUCACUAAAAGUUAUCCAUCAAGAAAGGGAGUCAAAUAUAUAAACACUUUUUUUCCCCGUUUCCAUUUGUCAAAAACAUUCUCCUUUAUACUUUUGCCCUUGUUUAUUGUCUCAAAAAUCUUUCACUGGCUACAUUUACAAAUGUGAAAACAUUUAGAAAUGGUUACACACCAUGGAUUGUUGUUGAUGUUAUAUCUGUGGAUAAAUUAAUGCUCAUCGUAGUUCAAUCUCACCUGAUGAGAGACAACUAAGCUAUUUCAGAGGCUGUGAAGUAUUAGAAGACAAGGAGUUUUGUUCUGUCUCUGACUAUAGCUGUCUAUGGUGAUUCAUCAUUUAAUAACUGUUUAUUAAGCAUCUACUCUGUAAAAGACACUGUAUUAGCCAUGUGUCUUUAGUGUCUAAAAUGAAGAGGCUGUCUAGCUGAGCUGCAAAGCCCUUCUGGUACUGAAAAGUCAGGUUUAUAAUAUUAGCUAUUUCAUUUAAUGGGUGACCAUGAGAUCUUAAAACAAUGCAAAUAUCUCUGUUCAUAAACCAGACGCAAAGCAUUCUCUGCCUCACUGCUGGGAGUGUGGAAUUCCCUGCAUAAGUGGAGCUUCUAUCUUAUUGGAAACCUAUUUAAAGAAUAGUACCAUGAAAAGCAGCUCUCUGAUACUUUGGGAAUUCACAGAGGUUGGUGCCCAUGAGUGUUAACUCCGUGAAGGAGACACGCCAGUUCUAAAUAAUAAAUUAAGUUCUGGUGCUUGAGUUACUGUUUCUUACAGUUCAUUUGUUUGUUCUGGUAGCAUAAUGUUUAAAGAUUCAAAAUGAGCUAGGUGAUGAAAUUAUUUAAAAAAUUUUAUCAAAAAAUUGAAAGCAAAAUUAUAUAUAGAAGCAAGCCAGCAUGUGGCCACCAUAUCCCUGUCACACCAUUUUUCAAUAAAGAAAACUUCUGUUUCAUUGGUAGAGUUGAUGAAGUUUUUAAUUAGUUUUUUUCUAGAUGUAGUUCAACCAAACCUCUAGUAACUCCCAGUAUUAUGUCUCGGUCUUCUUCUAUCCAGAUGUUUCUUUAUUGCCUUUCUUAAUUGGAAUUAGUGCCUACUUACUACUAAUGAAGCCCUAAAAUGGCCAAUUUAUAUGACAAAUCACAGCAUAGUGAAAGAGUUUGUGUAGUCUCUUGGCAAUCAAAAUAGUUUUCGACUAGUAGUUAUUUUUGGGUGGCCACGUAACCAUCAUUUUACUACUACAUUGAGGACAUAUUAUGGUAUCAAUAGGAAACCUUUUAAUCCCAAAGAAUAAAGGAAGAUUACUUUCCAGUAGUGGGGGUUGAAAUAAAUGAGUUAAUAUUUUAAUUAAUAAAAAUUUACUUGAAAUAGUUUGAAAAUUAACUGACUAUUUCACAAUUGGUUAGGUACUAGUGUCUGUGUAACUACUACAUAGACUUUAUAUAAAUCUCCAGAUAUAAAAGCGGGAGUGGUGAAAAGAGAAAUUACAGCUAUAAUGCCAUUUCCUAAGUCAUGCAUCUGUCUGUCUCUCCCUCUACCCCUCCUCUCACUCCUGAUCUCUGUUUGUCUCUGUCUGGUCCCUGUCUGUCUGUCUGUCUCUCUCUCCCAACUCCCAACCACCCCCACUUCUAGAUGUGAGACACGCAGGCACAAACAGUCACUUAAAAAUGACUUUUUUUUUUCAAAAAUCACUCUCUUGAAUUCAAAUUCAGGGGCUGCCAGUGUCAAUAUAGUAUUUUCAAGGUAUUUUUUAAUCAUAACCUGUGUAAAUAAUAUACAAUUACAGGAUUUGGGGGUAAUAGAAUUGAAACUGGAAGACUGGGUUCCCCAGAUCACAGAACUAUAAUAUUCCAGAUGCAUUUUUACAUUUACCUAGCUACAUAUUAACUGGUGAUCAUUUAUCCAAUAAGAUAAAAUUUUUACCUUAAUAUUUCUGAAAAAGCUCUUCUUGCCCAUUUAAUAUUUUCAUAGACAAUCAUAUGUGUAUAAUACCAUUAUCAGCCUGACAAAAAUUUUAUAUAAUCACAUUAUUCAGUUUAGUCUUUCUGCUUUCACUGUUCUCUGUGCUAACAAGUAACUAAUGUCUGGAUGUUGACUUCUUGUUGGGUUAAAGAACAGCUAUGCACACCUGAUAUGUAAGAUUAAAUAUGAGAUUAAAUAAGAAAUCUUGGGUAGGUCUGACUUCUCUGUGUAGCCUUUUUUCCCCUUGAGAAUUGUAUUUUAAUGUAGUUUAUAGGUAACUAAAUGGUCUCCCUUUUCUAAAAACUAAGCCUUCCUCUCAGCUUUCCACUUAGUUUCUGUAAAUGUUUUAGUUGAGAAUUUAAUGCUUGUACAGUGAGUGGCAAUUUAAAAAUAUAUAUAUUAUAUAUGUAUAUGGAAAAACUUUAAAGAUGCUUUUAAUUUAUUUAAUGAUUGUUGCCUUCCUAUAAUGGUAAUAAUUUUCAUCCUUAGAUGGUGAGAACAAGCUCUUUUACUCUGGUUAUUACAUGCAAAAUAAAAUUUGUUUUUGUGGGUUUUUUUUACCAAAUCCACUAAAGGGGCGCAUUGCAGUGAAACUGUGAAGGACGCUUCACUACUGAUGUAUAAGCUUUGCUGAUCUGUAUCCUUUCCUCCAGUAAUGGAGAGUUUUUUAUUAUACAGUAUGAAAAUAAAGACUGCUUAACUGAA